CGCGGUGGACGGGUGUAUAUCGCGCGCGCUCCUCCCACAAACACACACACACACACAAACACACACUCGCCGUUCCAGUUGCAUUGCUACACGCUCUCAUAGACCUGACUUUUAGCUGAUUUUUCUCAUAAGACGGAGAGACUUAUUUCCCCAUGACGGAGGCUCUGUGAAGAGGUUGUGAGGCGUCUAGCAAUCAUCCGGUUCUCCAAGAGGCUCCAAGGGCUCUUUGACAAAAACCUGCCGGUACACUUUUGCGGCAAAAGUUGCGGGCACGCUUAAACGAAGGUGGGGGGGUGUCGAACCCACCGUGGCUUGCACCUGCGCAACUGCUUCUGUACGGCCAGGAAGAAGGCAUUCCUAGGCCGCAAUGCAGCACCUUCAAGUAGUGGUGGUGGGGCUGGUGGCAUCUUGUAUAGGUUGGUGCGGAGCCAUCUGCGUUAUCGACAACAAACGAGGGUGGAGCAUUGAUUGCGGCAUCAGAGAUUCCUACCUCUUCAGGCUCAAGGAUUACGGAGGCUUUAAAGCCAAUUUUGAUUUUGGAUUUGGCUUCGGCGAUGAGAAAGGUUUCCCACAGUCCAUCCACAACACUGCAGGCGGCUACCACAAGCGGAAUGACAACACAGCGCGGAACUCUGAGGGUCUCCCGCCGGCUGAGAGGAGGGAAGAUGAGGGCAUACUUCCCCAGAGACGCCGAGUCAGGCCUGGUCCAGCCUUCAGGCUGCGACCCCCGCCAUUACCAGAAGCCAGUCGGCGACAGAGUUUUUUUGGCUUAUUCAGCCCUCAAUCUCCCCCGCAAAACCGUCCAUUGCACCCGAGCCUACGUAGACGUCCACAGCAAAGCGGCUGGAGGAUCCCAUUCCUAGAUAGCAUCAUGAAUCCUUUCGGGGGAAGUUCCCAACCUCAACCUCAGGUGAUUGCUCACGGUCCACCACCCUUUCAACACCAGCAGGAGCAGGAGCAGUAUUUCUUGAGCAGUAGUGAUCAAGUUCCUCAAGUCAGCUUUGAUCACGCCUCGUCUUCUCCCCACACUCAGCCUCCCACACGUGGGCCCACAGUUGGUCCCAUCUUGGGUGAGGUGCUCAAGUUGAAUUCGGACACGCCAGCGGACACGGAUCACGUCCCAUCCUUCGCUGCUAAGAUGUUCGUGGUUCGUGAGGCUCCCGAAGAAUUUCAUCCUCCAGGUUACUCGCCCACGCGAGACAUCUACGGCUUCCAUGAACACGUCGAAGUGCCAAGAACUAGAUUCUUCUGCGAGGAGCAGAAAUACCUGCCCGGUAUCUACGCUGACACACAGUUAGGCUGCAAGGUGUUCCACUUGUGUCUCCCCGCUGCCAUGGGCAACACCAUGACCAGUUUCUUGUGCCCGAACAUGACCUUGUUCGACCAGUCCAUCUUGCAGUGCAACUAUUGGUACUACGUCAACUGUGAAAACUCCCCCAAUAGCUACGAUGCCAACCUACCUAUGGCCCUGAGUUACCGUAAGAUCAACGCUGCCCAGCUGACUCUCUCCGGGGUAGGCAACUUCGACAGCGUUGCGCUCUUGUCUCACAACACCGAGGACCUGAAGAAGCUGCAAUCGGCUCAACUUGACACGGUUUCAAACGUGGCCUUGAAGAGAAUGGGUGAAGCUGACGUCUCGGUGAUCCCAAGAGGUAAUCGUAUUGGCGAUGGCAUUCCCAGACAACCUAGGGUCUUUACACAGGCAGAGAACUCUGCUCAGGUGAAGUAUAAAGGUUUAAACAAAAACUAUGAAGAUAAUGUUACUGAAAAUGAAGAAAUACAAAAUAUUAAGAAAAAUAUAAAAACUAAAGAGGAUCCAGACCAAUUCAAGAUUGAAGGUGGUGUUGAUGUGCAAAAAGACAAAGUCAACAAAACAGAACUUGAUACAAAUAUCACCGACCACAAAGUCAUCAAAACAGAACUUAAUAAAAAUAGCACCGACCACAAAGUCAUCAAAACAGAACUUAAUAAAAAUAGCACUGACUACGAAGUCAUCAAAACAGAACUUGAUAAAAAUAGCACCGACUACGAAGUCAACAAAACAGAACUUGAUAAAAAUAGCACCGACUACGAAGUCAACAAAACAGAACUUGAUAAAAAUACCACCGACUACGAAGUCAACAAAACAGAACUUGAUAAAAAUAGCACCGACCACAAAGUCAACAAAACAGAACUUGAUAAAAAUAGCACCGACUACGAAGUCAACAAAACAGAACUUGAUAAAAAUACCACCGACUACGAAGUCAACAAAACAGAACUUGAUAAAAAUAGCACCGACCACAAAGUCAACAAAACAGAACUUGAUACAAAUACCACAGUCAUCAAAACAGAACUUAAUAAAAAUAUCACCGACUACAAAGUCAUCAAAACAGAACUUGAUAAAAACAAAACUGACCACAAAGAAGAUCAUACAAUUAAAAAGCUGCAAAUUGAAGAGGAAAGUGAUCCAGAAAACAAGAAAAAAGUCUUGAAGAAAAGAAGCACGCUAAGGAGCAGUCGAACUCCAAAUCUAGAUAAAAGAUCUCAUAUUUCUCCUCUAUUAUCGAGGCUAUACAAGAGACAUACCCACUCGGCCUAGUUCGUAAAGUAUAUAUUACAUAUAUUAAGACAGGGCUUCGGUAACUGUAUGCGGCAAUUGGUGCAAAUUCUCUAAGAGCUGUGAUGUUAAAUUGAAUAACUUAUGUAAAAUGACCCUAUGUAUUACCAGUCACUAAACAUCAUUGAUGGAACACACCAUGGAAGAAAAUGUGUCUUUGUUUUCUCAGUGGAUUCUCCCACUUUAUAGCCUAGUUCCCUGUCCUUCUAGCCCAACCAUUUUGAGUGGACGGUAGAGCGACAGUCUCGCUUCAUGCUGGCCGACGUUCAAUCCCCAACUGUCCAAGUGGUUGUGCACUAUUCCUUCCCCCGUCCCAUCCCUAAUCCUUAUCUUGACCUCUUCCAAGUGCUAUAUAGUCGUAAUGGCUUGGAGCUUUCCCCGGAUAAUUCCCUCCCUCUCUAUAGCACCACAUGUGGUCCUUCUAUAGCAACAUAUAUUAUUCGUCUACGACCAUCUAACUCCUCUCAAGUUUGUUUCUACCUCAUUUUCCGUUUGGAUAUCCUCUUAACCUCUAAAAUAAUUAGUGCCAUUUAGAAGAAAUUUAAGAUGUUUUCCUGCAUUGAAAAACAUGAAUUGCUCAAUGAUUCUAUUUGCUGCAUUAAAAGUGGAAUCAGCAGCUCAGAUGUCCGUCCCAGCGGCGACCUUUGUAAAUACCGUAUCUGGUCUCCUAGUCUGUUCUUAGUGACUGGCAUUGGUAAUGUAAAUACAGGUAUGACGACCAGACCACACAUCAGAAGAUGAAGGAACGACGACGCUUCGAUCCGUCGUGGACCAUUUAUCAAGUCGUGUGUGUGUGUGUGUGUGUGUGUGUGUGUGUGUGUGUGUGUGUGUGUG